AUGGCGGCGCUCAUCCCUCUCAGCCAGCAGUUUUGUACUGGGAAUCCACUAUAUGAAACUUACUACAAACAGGUAGAUCCAACAUACACAGGGAGAGUUGGGGCAAGUGAAGCUGCACUGUUUCUUAAAAAAUCUGGUCUAUCUGAUAUCAUCCUUGGAAAAAUAUGGGAUUUGGCUGACCCGGAGGGUAAAGGAUACUUGGAUAAGCAGGGUUUCUAUGUUGCGUUGCGCCUUGUAGCAUGUGCACAGAAUGGCCACGACGUUAACCUGAGCAGUCUGAACUUGACUGUGCCACCUCCUAAAUUUCAUGAUACUAGCAGUCCUUUGCUGAUCACACCACCUUCAACAGAGACUCACUGGGCUGUUAGGGUGGAAGAAAAAGCAAAGUUUGAUGGUAUUUUUGAAAGCCUUUUGCCAGUAAAUGGUUUACUUUCAGGAGACAAAGUAAAACCAGUACUGAUGAAUUCAAAGCUACCUCUUGAUAUCCUAGGAAGGGUCUGGGAUCUCAGUGAUAUUGAUAAAGAUGGUCACUUGGACAAGGACGAAUUUGCUGUGGCAAUGCAUUUGGUUUAUAGAGCUCUUGAGAAAGAGCCAGUUCCUUCACUAUUACCCCCUUCUCUCAUACCACCUUCUAAAAGAAAGAAGAUGUCUGUCUUUCCUGGUGCAGUUUCUGUUCUCCCUGCAAGUCCUCCACCAAAAGAUAGCCUCCGUUCUACCCCAUCUCAUGGUAGCGCCAACAGUCUAAAUAGCACGGGGAGUUUGUCUCCCAAGCACAGCAUCAAGCAAGCACAGCCCUCUGUGAACUGGGUGGUACCAGUGUCUGAAAAAGUGCGUUAUGAUGAAAUUUUCUUAAAAACAGACACUGACAUGGAUGGGUUUGUGAGUGGCCAAGAAGUAAAGGACAUUUUUAUGCAUUCAGGUCUGUCUCAGAAUCUCCUAGCACAUAUAUGGGCUUUGGCAGACACAAGACAGAUGGGAAAGCUGAGCAAAGAUCAGUUUGCACUAGCAAUGUAUCUCAUUCAGCAGAAGGUCAGUAAAGGGAUUGAUCCUCCACAAGUGUUGUCUCCAGAUAUGAUCCCUCCCACAGAGAGAAACACUCCGAUACAAGAUAGUUCAAGUUCUGUUGGAUCAGGAGAAUUUACAGGGGUGAAAGAACUGGAUGACAUUAGUCAAGAAAUUGCACAGCUGCAGAGAGAAAAAUAUUCAUUGGAGCAGGACAUUAGGGAAAAGGAAGAAUCAAUCAGACAGAAAACCAAUGAAGUUCAGGAGCUGCAAAAUGAUUUAGAUAGGGAGACAAGUAACUUGCAAGAGCUAGAGGCUCAGAAACAAGAUGCCCAAGACCGCUUGGAUGAAAUGGACCAGCAGAAAGCCAAACUGAAAGAUAUGCUGAAUGAUGUGAGGCAGAAAUGCCAGGAAGAAACACAGGUGAUUUCAUCACUAAAAAUGCAGAUUCAAUCUCAGGAAUCCGAUUUAAAAUUACAGGAAGAUGACCUUAACAGAGCAAAAGCAGAGCUGAAUCGCCUCCAGCAAGAAGAGACUCAGCUAGAGCAGAGUAUCCAGGCUGGAAAAGUGCAGCUUGAAACAAUAAUCAAAUCUUUAAAGUCAACACAGGAAGAAAUAAACCAGGCAAGAAGUAAGCUUUCUCAGCUUCAAGAGAGCCAUCAAGAAGUCAAUAAGAGUAUAGAAGAAUAUAAUGAAGCUCUCAAUGGGAUUCAUGGUGGUAGUCUGACAAACUUAGCAGACAUAAGUGAAGGCCUUGGGCAGACAGAAAGAAGCAAUUACGGAGCUAUGGAUGAUCCUUUUAAGAAUAAAGCCUUGAUGUUUACCAAUAAUACACAAGAAUUGCGUACAGACCCAUUCCAGUCAGAGGAUCCUUUCAGAUCUGACCCGUUUAAGGGAGCAGACCCUUUCAAAGGUGACCCAUUCCAGCAUGAUCCUUUUGCAGAACAGCCACCUGCUCCAGCAGACCCAUUUGGAGGCGAUCCAUUUAAGGAAAGUGAUCUAUUUCAUACUUCUGCACCUGAAGAUUUCUUCAAGAAACCAGGGAAGAGUGACCCAUUUACCUCAGAUCCAUUCACAAAACCCCCUGCUUUACCCUCCAAGCCUGACCCUUUUGAAAGCAGUGAUCCUUUUACGUUUUCCAGUGUCCCUUCAAAAGGUCCAGAUCCAUUUGGAACACUGGAUCCAUUUGGAAGUGGUGCUUUCAGUAGUGGUGAGGAAUUUGCAGACUUCAGGCAGAUGUCAGAGUCAGUAGCUUCAGACCCCUUUGCCUUCUGUUUUGGAGGGAUGGGAUUCCCAGAUGACCCUUUCAAAAGCAAACCAGACAUGCCAGCAUUGCCACCGAAGAAAAAUGUCCCUCCACGACCCAAGCCACCCAGCGGUAAAAGUACUCCUGUAAGCCACCUUGGGUCUUCAGAUUUUCCCAAGCCCCAUGAUCCAUUCCAGCCAUUUGGGGCUGACAGCAGUGACCUGUUUCAAAGUAAAAAGGGGUUUGGGGACCCAUUUAGUGGAAAAGAUCCAUUUACUCCCUCCUCUUCAACUAAACCUUCUAGAGACUCUUCCUUGGGGUUUGCAGACUUCAGCUCUUUUGGAAAUGAAGAGCAGCAGCUGGCAUGGGCAAAGCGUGAGAGUGAAAAAGCAGAGCAAGAAAGACUAGAUCGGUUGCGGAGACAAGAACAAGAAGAUCUUGAGUUGGCUAUUGCACUCAGUAAGGCUGAUAUGCCAAACUCUUAA